AUGUUCCUUCUCCCGUCCAUUUCCGCCGCAUCAAGUCAUUCGGGUAGAGCUGGGAGGAGUGAUAUGGUGUUUGACCCGAACCCGCUCUCCCUGAGCGUGCCCGAACCCCCUUGCAAGUUGUGGCUCCGCGGCACCGGCUACCUCAAGCUCCUCUCUCGCAUAUGGACCCUCCUGUCACUCCUCACCUUCACCCCUUUCUCGAAGCUCGCUACCGGCGACUUUACCGGCACCACGCCGAGCUAG